UUGUUUCGGAGGGGGUGCUGGUGUGCUCUUCAUCCCGGGCAUUACACAGGAGGAGAACGCUGCUGCUCAUUUAUCUCCAAAGAGCGACUGGAGGGAGACGCGUCGAUCCACCUGCUGCUGAAAAGACAUCAACAUGUUCUGCAGAAGGGCAUUGCAGAGAGUCGGGCCGCUGGCACGGUGGCUUCUGAGGCCCAUAUCCAAGAGCACUGCCCCGGUGCGACACAUGGCCUUAGGCGUUCCCGGAGGAUCCACCAACUUGGCGUACGUUGUUUUGUGUGGAGGAGGCCUUACCGCUGCAGUCGUCUAUGCCUAUAAAACAGUUAACGGUGAUACUGAACGUUACGAGGACAGACUGGCCAACAUGAGCUCCGAGGAGAAAGCUGAAGUCACAUCAGAGGCUGCGUCGUCUCCUCCAGCCGAAUCCGCCCCAGCGGAGGACGAACCGGCUCCCGGAGCUGAGAUCACACCGGAACCCGUCCCCGCUUCCCCAGAACCGGCGGCAGAGACGUCAGCCGAGCCCACCAACGAGGCCAGCCCAGAAGAACCAGCAGCCGCCGAGGCGUCUGAGGCAGGUGUCACCGAGGCUCCAGCUGAGCCGGCAGACGCAGAGGGAGCGCCUGUUGCGGAGGAAGAGACUGCUCUGGAAGUCGGAUCUGAAGUUGCAGCCGUGACGCUUGCUGAGGACGCAGCAGCAGCAGCAGAGAGCGCUGCUGUACAGGCCUUGGGCGAGGAGCAUCUGGGGAACGCUCUGCACCAAAUGGAAGAUGAUGGAAAGGAGCUGAACAACUUGAAGGAAGAUCACCAACAAUAUCCUCUAGAGACCACAGUGGAAACGUCUGUAGAGGCGGCUGUUUAUAUUGAAGAGCAGCUGUUUGAGGUGGAAGAGGUGCCACAUGGUCUAACUAUUGAAGAACUAUCUGCUGACCGGAUUCCAGCAGCUGACGCAGAGCAGGAGGAAGAAGAGAAGGAAAGAGCGGUUUCACUUCCUGAGGAAAUCACUGAGGCUGAAGAAAACACUGCGAUCCCUGACUCUCCUUCAGAGGAAACCGUCUCCUCUCCCGAAGACUCUUCCUCCUCUGGUGAGGCUUCGCCGGAUGAGGAGGAGGCCGUCGUCACUGCAGAGGCAACACCGGAGGAGGAGGAGGAGACUAAAUCUGAGCAGACCCCUUUGGGGUCAGUUGGUGAGACGACUCAGCUGGCAGCGGCCUCCACCGAGCCAAGCCUAGAAGUUCUUUCAAACAUAGAACCAGAACCUCCAUCACAGGUGGCUCCAGCCGACAAGGAAGAACCCUGCCACAGCUGCCACUCUUCUCCAUCCUCCAGCAAGGAGGCGGCGCCACCUGCUGCUCUGGGAGAGGAUCUGCUUGACAUUGACAUCGCACAAGAAGCAAAGGAGUCUUUUGACAAACCGUUGGCAAAACAAACCAUUGAGAAUGGAGUUGUGGUGACAGCCACGUCGUGACAGAAAGUGUGCCUUCCUCAAGCAAGCCUGGGCGCCAGAAGACAAAAACAAAAGAAGAGGAGGUCACACUCUGAAGCGUUGUCUUUAUUAGCAGGUGUUAUUAUAGCUCUUGUCCACUAGGUGUCAGUAAUGCAAAACUUUUUGAGACGUGGAAUUCUAAGAGUUUUUAGGGAGUGAAAGUCUUUGAUAUUGUAAUAAACAGUAGCGUGAGAUGUUAGCUUUUCACCGAAGCAGACAUAAGAGAUUUCAGAUUUGUAUUACUGCUGCCCAUACACCCAAGUAUUUUGCAGUAUUUAUUUUGCAGUAUUUAAUUCUAAAGCACAGCUUUUUAAAGUUUGAGGUUUAAAAUUAGGAAGUCACAUGCUGUUAGAGACUAUAAAACUUUAAUGUUUCAAGAAAAAUGCCCAUAUUUUGACGCACACUUCUUUUUUAAAUUGUAUUGUUUGUUUCCAGAUGUUGCCCUGUUCUCCAAUCAGAUAUAGUGAUGGAAAUCUGUGUAUCCUCCAAAUUUAACAGCUGUUAAAACAAAAACUUAGUGGCGAGGAUAACUACCUACCUUCUCUUUGUCUGCCAUUUUGAAUGUAACUAAAGACUAUAUAGAAAAAAAAAAUACUGUCCAGACUGGGACAAUAUUUUGAGGCAAGCAUUGCAUAUCAUAUAAAGGAAGACAUCAAUGAUUGUAGAUGGGAUGUUUAUAUGUUAUUUGAGGUCUGCAUGACUGGGACAUAAUGAGAAAUGUACUUGGCAAGUAAACGAUAGAUGUGUCGUCAUGGCAAUAUACUCAUAUUUCAAAUAAAGUGGUGGACAAUCUUG